UAUUCUCGAGAUUCGUGAAGGAGAGAGAGUGUGUAUGUGCACUGUUGAGUCCAGUCACAAAGUACUUACGGGUCGUUUGGUGUAAGGUAGGGUUGUUCCGAAUUUCCAAUCCAAUGCAUUUACACAAUCACCAUGAAAAUUGAUCAAUCAAAUAUACAGAGAGCAGCAAGAAGAAGAGCGAGAGUUCCUUGCAUUUACUUGAUAUAGCAAAUGAAAGAACCUGAAUCUUCUAAAGCUAAGAUGAUAAGCUUAGUUGGAGUCCGAAGGCAGAAAAAUGGGAGAUAUGCUGGUGAGAUUAGAGAUCCAAUAAGGCAUAAGAAAGUAUGGUUAGGCACUUUUGACACUGCUCAAGAGGCUUCACAAGCUUAUUUGUCCAAAAAGUCUGAGUUUGAGAAUGAAAAAUUGAGUCAUCAAGGGAAUGAAAAGAGUAAAAGAAUACGCGAAACAACGCGUGUUGUUGGGGUUCACAAGAGAAACAAGCAAGGGAAGUAUAAUUCCGCGAUUAGAAAUCCCAUCACUGAAGAGAGAAUUUGGUUGGGUAGUUUUGACAAUGCUGAAGAGGCUUCUCAGGCUUAUCAGUCUAAGAAGCUCGAGUUCAAUGCGAUGCUGCAGCGAUGUAGUACUAAUAAGGACGGUCAUUCUGAGCAAGGAAAUGAAAAUGUGAAUGGUGAAGUAUUUGAAACUGAUUCAUGUAAUGGAGGAACUGACCGAAGGAUUGAUCCUCGCGAAAUAGGCACUACUGAAGAAGCUAAAGAGGGAUCCAAAGUGUUUAACUCUUGUUUAAUUUCUAAUGUCCGUGUUAAUCCUAAAGACAAGACUACCUUUGUCGGGAUCAAAAGGCAAAAGAACGGGAGAUAUGCAGCUGUGAUUACAGACCGAGUUAAGCAUAAGAUAUGGUUUGGCACUUUUGACACUAUUGAAGAGGCUUCACGAGCUUAUUUGUCCAAGAAGUUCGAGUUUGAGAAAUUAAGACAGCAGGGGAAAACGGAGAAUAACCUGAAGAAGAAUUGUGAUCAAAUUCAGCAUCCUGAAUCAACGUCUGUUGUGGAAACCUUAAAUACUGCUACAAGCUGUGAUCUUAAAGCCAGGAGAAGCUUAAUUGGAAUCCGAAGGCGAAAGAGCGGGAGAUAUGCAGCUGUGAUUACAGAUCCAAUUAGGCAUAAAGAAGUAUGCUUGGGCACUUUUGACACUAUUGACGAGGCUUCACAAGCUUAUAAGUCUAAGAAGUCCGAGUUUGAGAAAUUACGACAGGGAAAUAAGGAGAAUAAACGGAAGAAGAAUUGUGAUCAAAUUCAGCGGCCUCAAGUGGCAUCCUUAGAUACUGCUAGUGAAUAUGGAAGAGCUAAAAGAAUCAACAAUCACAACACAACACCACAUAUGAUUGGGGCUUACAAGAGCAAGACGGCAGGGAGAUAUACGUCUGAGAUUAUACACCCCAUCACCAAAAAGAAAACUUGGUUGGGAACUUUUGGCACUGCUGAAGAGGCUUCCCAUGCUUUUCAAUCUAAGAAGCUCGAGUUUCAGAAACUAGUCAAAGCGAAGAAGCAACAAUGUAUCCAAAGGAAAUCGGAGAAAUUAGUCAAUUUCAAGCAAGGCACUGCUGAAGAAACUUUCCAUGUUAAGCAGUCUAAGGUAUUCGACCUUCAGAGCUCAAAGGAGGUCGAGCUGCAAAGCGAUACGCCAACAGAUUCUCGUGCACGAAAGAAUCAAGAAGGGCAAGAGGAUGAUGAAGAUUUAUGGAAGGGAAAAUGGGUGCAACUUCCGGAUAAUACAGAAGUCAUGUUUUCAUCAAAACUGGGCUUACCAAUCAUCGAUAACUAUGGAUAUCUUUUAGGUGAAUUCAGCACUUUGGAUGAUCUCAGUAUAUGUGUAACUGAGGAUGACAAUCAAAUGUAACUGUGCUUUACAUUGCAUACAAAUUGCAAGAAGAUUUUUUUGUAGGAAUAUGUAAAGCCUUCUUGCAAUUGUUGGUCUGCUACAUGGUAUAUAGUAAAUAGUAGCCGCCAUGAAAUGUAACUGUGUAACUGUCUACAAUCAAAUGUAACCGUGUUUUUAA